GGCUUAGCCUUUUUUUUUUUUUGUAUGUUUUUUCAGAGAUAAGGAAAAGGGUAGUUGGUUAAGUUGGUACCCUUUCCACAAAUGGAGGCUUUGUUGAAGAAGAAAGAUGAUUGGACUGAGUCUGCAAGUGAGUUGAGUAGUUGUAAUAGUGGUGAGUCUAAAGAGGGUAGUAAUAGUAGUAGUUCCAGUAGAUCAAGUUCAGGGAAUUUGGUUGACAAAGUUAAGGUUAAUAAGGCUAGAGUGUCAGGGUCAGGGUCUGCUUCAGCUUCACCUCCUUCUCUUUUGGGUUGGCCUAUAAGGAGAGCUAUUGCUACUACUACUACUACUCCUGCUACAGUGUCAAAGAAUUCAGAUGUUUCUGAUGGCAAUGGAGAUGAAGACAAGAUUAGUAAUGAAGAUGACAAGUUUAAAAAACUGAGUUCAAAGAUUAAUGAGAUUGACAUGAUGGAGGAGAGGUUUGCAAAAUUGCUGCUUGGUGAAGACAUGUCAGGGUCAGGAAAAGGGGUUUGCACAGCUUUGGCUAUUUCAAAUGCCAUUACCAAUCUCUGUGCUACUAUAUUUGGGCAAUUGUGGAGAUUAGAGCCUAUACAUGAGGAGAAGAAAUCCAUGUGGAAAAGAGAGAUGGAGUGGCUUGUUAGUGUUAGUGACCACAUUGUUGAAUUGAUACCCUCUUGGCAAAAUUUUCCAGCUGGAAGUAAGCUUGAGCCUCCAAUCAAUCCAAACCAAUCUACUACAAAGUCAUCAUGGGAAAUGGUAAAAGACCUAAUGGUUGAUGGAGACCAGAGAGAAUUGCUAGCAGAAAGAGCCGAAAAUCUCCUGCUUUGCUUGAAACAAAGGUUCCCUGGUUUGACUCAAACUGCCUUGGAUACCAGCAAAAUCCAGUGCAACAAGGAUGUCGGAAAGUCCAUUCUUGAAAGCUAUUCAAGAGUUCUGGAAAGCCUGGCAUAUAACAUUGUGGCACGCAUUGAUGAUUUGUUAUAUGUAGAUGACUUAACGAAGCAUUCAGAAAAGUUGGCAUCGGUUCCUACAGUUAGUGUAAUUGCACACAAAAAGGUUUCAAUCCCAUAUUCUGUGCCUGCCUCGAGCAGUCCCUACAAAACAGCAAUCACCACACCAAGUUUUUCACCUGCACCACUGAUCAGCCCUGCAAAGGGAGAGAGAACUCCAUUUCUCAAGGAGAACAACAACAACAACACGACCAACAACAACAGCAAGCCUCACCGCCGUGGCUUUGGAGUGAAGAGGGUCUUGACUAAUUAUCUUGGAGUUGAUUCAAAAGCAAAGUUAUGUGGCAAUCCAACAGAUGUUCCCAUGAUGACUUUGUAG